AUGUCUGGCCACGAAGAGGAUCUCCUGCCCGAGAACAACUCGGGCUACAAGCUCUCCCAGCCUAAGCAGAGCUUGGCUGAGUACCAAAAGAUGGACGAGGGCGAUGAGUCUCUCCAGCGCUACAAGGCUUCUCUUGGUCUGACUGGCGGAAACGACCUCUCCGACCCCAACGACCCUCGUGUCUGCAUCAUUCAGUCUCUUACCAUGGAGUCUCCUGGUCGUCCCCCGGUUGUCAUCGACCUCUCGGCCCCCGGCAGUGUUGACAGCCUCAAGAAGACACCAUUCAAGAUCAAGGAGGGCGUCACCUUCACCAUGAGCGCCCAGUUCAAGGUUCAGCAUGAGAUCCUCAGCGGUCUCCAUUACGUUCAGGUUAUCAAGCGCAAAAAUAUUACGAUCCCUGGUGUUGGCAAGUCUGACGAAAUGAUUGGCUCUUAUGCUCCCAACACCGACAAGCAGCCCUUCUACACAAAGAAGUUCCAAGAAGAGACGGCCCCAAGCGGCAUGCUCGUCAGAGGCACAUACCAUGUUGCCUCUAGCUUUGUUGACGACGACAAGAAGACCCAUCUCAAGUUCGAUUGGGCCUUUGAGAUUGCUAAGGACUGGUAA